AUGGCAACCUGGAAUGUACAAGGAAUAAAUAAAAAGUUGGAAGAUGUGAUAAAAGGAUUGGAACACAUGAAAGUGGACAUAGCGGUACUCACCGAAACGAAGAAAAAGGGCAAUGGAAUCGAGCACAUUUCAAACUAUGUUCAUAUUUACAGUGGGGUUCCUAAAAACGAAAGAGCCAGCAAAGGAGUGUCAAUACUGAUAAACAAGAAAUUCAUCGGGAAAAUACACAACUGGAACACAAUAAACGAAAGAAUAUUAUCGGCGAACCUAACGAUCAAAGGACAUAGAACAACUAUUGUCGGCGUGUACGGCCCUAAUGAUGACUCGAACCAGAAAGAGAAGGAUGACUUCUACACUACAUUGGAUAACACUCUCACAGCCCUCGGAAACCAAAGGGAAAUUGUGGUUCUAGGAGAUCUCAACGCCAGAGUGGGAAGAAAGAAUGGAAGCAAAAUAGUGGGUAUACACGGAGAAGAGACACUUAACGAUAGUGGGCGGAGACUUUUGGAGUCCUGUGAAGAACAUAAAAUGAGGAUACUAAAUGGGUUUUAUAGCCAUAGAGAUAUCCAUAAGUACACAUGGCACCAGGAGACCAGGGGUCUUAAGUCUAUUAUCGACUAUAUAAUCCUCAAACAAGACACCAAAUGGCAGACUAAAGAUAUAAGAGUGUAUAGAGGAAUUGAGUGUGGCUCCGACCACUUUUUACUCAUUUCAAAAAUUUAUAUCGCAUAUAACACUGAUAGGCAAACAACAGAAGAUAACAUCCGAGAAACUAAAACUAAUCAAAACAAAUAUAACCUUGUUAGUUUGAAUGAACCAAGCACUAGAACCUUAUUUCAACAAAGGCUAGAUCAAAAACUUAGUGAUCAAUAUUUGACGAUGGAAACAACACAUCUUUAUGAACAUGUAAUGGAGUCCCUACACUCGGCAGCAUACGAGGCCCUCGGAAAAGAAAGCCAACCCCACACGAAAAACUACAACAUAACUUGGAACAGUGUAUUAGAACAACAGAAACACAUUAAACAGGCAGCAUACAACAAGUGGAUGAGUACAAAAAACAUCAGUGACCAUAUAACAUACAGAAGAGAACAAAAUAAAUAUAAAGACCUAAUAACUAAGAACAAAAAUGAAACAUGGGAACGGAAAUGUAGUGAAGUGAACAGCUACAUGGGCGGAACAAGAUCAACAGUGGCUUGGAAUCUGAUUCGUUCACUAAGGAAAGAUACUUCUCAUAAAACGAAUUUACAACCCAUACCAAUAGACAAAUGGAAAGAACAUUAUGCUCGAGAGCUAAGAGAAGACAGACAGCCAUAUCUUGCCAACUCGCCUAUACGGUGCUCUGUACAAGGAGAAACAGUUAACAUCAACGAAGAUUUAAUAAAGAAAGUAUUGAAGUCUAUGAAAAAUAGAAAAGCACCAGGACCAGAAGAGUUACCUGCGGAGCUCUUAAAGAAUGGCUCUAAUAAACUAAUAAAGUUCCUAACGGAGUUAAUGAACAGAUAUAUUAACGGUGAACCGAUACCAUCUACUUGGAAAGAAGCAUGGAUAACACCCAUCCAUAAAAAGGGAAAAAGAGAUGACUGCUCCAACUAUAGAUGCAUUUCAGUCACAAACGAUCAGGUGGUAGUGGCCCAAGACAAGGAAGACUUAGAAUUUAUGGCAACAAGACUCUUCGCCGAAUACGAAAAGUGGGGACUGUCUGUGAAUAAAACGAAAACCAAAUAUUUAUGCAUUGGGCAGAAAGCAGAUAGUUUACACUUGGAAGACAACAUAGAAAUUGGAACAUGUAGUGAAUAUACUUACCUGGGUGCUCAAAUUGAUCACACCGGCCGAACAGAAACUGAGAUUGGGCUGAGAAUAUUGAAGGGUAGAAGGGUCAUUGGAUGUUUGAACUCAAUAUUGUGGUCCAAAAACAUUUCGCGGGAGAAAAAACAUCAAAUAUAUAAUUCCAUCUUUGAGGGUAUAGUGCUAUACGGCUGUGAGACGUGGCAAUUGACUAAGGGUGUGGAACGUCGACUUUUGGCCCUUGAGAUGGAUUUCUGGCGACGAUCUGCAGGAAAAUCCAAAAUGGACAAAGUGAGAAAUGAAACGAUCAGAAAUAUAAUGCAAGUUGAAAGAACCAUCAUAGAUGAAAUCCAGAGAAGACAGCUGAUUUGGUACGGGCAUGUGGAAAGAAUGUGCGACGAGCGCCUACCAAAGAUGAUACUGAAAUGGACACCACCAGAAAGAAGAAAGAGAGGAAGACCCAAAAAAACGUGGUUUGAGGGAAUAGAAAAGGCUAUGUCCGAAAGAAAUCUACAUCCAGGGGACUGGCAAGAUAAAAAGGCUUGGAGAUUAGGAACCGGAAGGCGUAGGACGCUAUGA